GUUCUUCUUUACUUUGAAUUCAAUUUGUCUAAAGUAGACCCAUACCGACACCUCAAACAUUUUACCGUUGACAGGAUGGAUCCGGACAGGUUGACCAUACUAUGCUGGGGCUUUUCAGAAGGGCCUGUUGACGUUUUCUAAUACAAUUCUAUGGUCAACACUCGCUGGGUCCUAUUGCAUAAAUACCCCUUCUUUUAUCUCUGUAGUUUUCUCCAAAUUCCAAACCCAUUCCUGAUAUCUUCUCUGAGCACUCGCAGUUCUUUCUUUUUCUCCAACUCUUCGUGAUUAUCUUUGUACACAUCAUUUUACUAUGUCUUCUUACAUUGCUAGCUUGGAUCUGCAUCCUAGAAGAGACGGGUAUCUAACUGGACCCUUAGCACAUGGCGAAAACCCAGCGGAAGAAAUAUUGUUUUUUCAAUCAUCCUCGGAACAGAUUGGCGUACCUGGAAGUUUUACGUACAAUCCUUGCAUGCAGAUCCAGCAGACUGUACAUAACCCCGGGAUUAUUAUACCCUCUACAUCGGUUCGGGGUGACCAGACUACUGUUGGAGAAUGGACUGGAGAUCAUACAACCCAGUACUAUCCAGGCGCAACGACUGGGUUCGCCAAUUUUCGAUCAUCGAGUUACAAUGAAUCUACAUCUAACGAUUAUGGAGCCAAUCUUUUCCGACCCCCAGCCCACGAAUCAAUCAAAGGAGAAGACGGUAACGAUCACGUGGCUGGUGCUGACAUGCUCCAGGACAAUCAGUAUGCGCCCAGAAGAAAAAGAACCAAUCCCGGUCCCUUAACAUGCGGCUGGGAAGGUUGCACAUCCACCGACGUAUUCUCAUGCGAUCGAGCGUUAUGGAGACACAUUAAGACCAUGCAUGUCUCCCCAGAUGCAUUUGAGUGUCCUGUCAAACGAUGCGGGAGGUCCUUUGGACGCAAGGACAAAUGCCAGGACCAUAUACGAUCUAGUCAUAGAAAAGGAUAGGAUGUCGAUACCCCACUCUCAAUUUGUUCCAUCCGGGUUAUCUAGAGAGGAGUGCAAUUCAUGGUCGUCUAGAUAGAGUUCCUCGUGUCGUCACUCAUGUUGAUAUUAUUGUUGAACUCGCAAUUGUAUUCUCAAUAGUCAGAAUUUCCUAACUGUCUGGAAUAUAGUGGAUUUGCUUCCAAGUCCUCAUUCGUAUCAAGUAGCGUAUCGGUCAUUCGUCAAGCAUGAGAAAGAUAUCGAGAUCGAUUAGUUUUUCACGAAUCCCU